CCGUCUUAUUAUCAACAAAUUUGAAAGUUUGUGUAUGGAAAUAAUCCAGUGAAAUCGAGAAAGGAAGUUGACAGCGUGAGGUCGCAACCGGAAAUAGCUCAGCGGAAACUGAAGUUUUAGUCGAACUAAAGACAGUUCGAACAUCGUUCGCCCAAAAAGAUCAACUCUUGAAAAAUCUUUGUUUUAAAGAUAUGAAUUCGUGAUCACCGUUUUGAAAUAAUAUGGAAGCGACGGCGAAAAAACUCGAUAGUUACGUUGGAUUCGCUAAUCUUCCGAAUCAAAUAUUUCGAAAGAGCGUUAAGAAAGGCUUUGAGUUCAGUUUGAUGGUCGUCGGUGAAUCAGGACUGGGAAAAUCUACACUUCUGAAUUCUCUGUUUAACGGAUCUUUAUACGCUGCUACAUUUCCCAGUACUGAGGAAAAAUUAGCACAAACACUCGAGGUGCAAGCUUCAACAGUUAUUUUAAAAGAGGGUGGUGUAAACUUACGGUUAACCUGUAUUGAUACACCUGGAUUUGGCGAUGCCAUUGAUAACACAGACUGUUGGAAGCCUAUAAUUUCUUUCAUCGAAUCGAAAUUUGAAGAAUAUUUAAAUGAAGAAUCAAGGGUGAACAGAACAGCACUUGUGGAUAGCCGCGUACAUUGUUGUCUGUAUUUCAUUGCACCAAAUGGCCAUUCCUUAAAACCGCUGGACAUAGAAUUUAUGAAACGGCUGCACGAUAAGGUAAACAUCGUUCCAAUAAUUGCUAAGGCAGACAGUUUAACCGCGGAGGAAUGUCAAAACUUUAAAAAAAAAAUACUGAAUGAAAUUGGCUCGAACAAGAUUGGCAUCUACCAGUUUCCCGAACUUGGCGUUGAUGACGAAGACUUAAAAGAUGUCAGUAUGACUGAUCGAAUACCAUUUGCGGUUGUCGGUAGCAAUACAGUUGUCGAGGUAGGAGGAAAGAAACUACGGGCCAGAGUCUAUCCUUGGGGUGUAGCUGAAGUUGAGAAUUCGGAUCACUGUGAUUUUAUCGCUCUUCGUAACAUGCUUAUAAGGACUCACAUGCAGGACCUGAAAGAUGUGACGAACGAUGUGCAUUACGAAAAUUUCCGCUGUAAACGUCUUGCUACGGUGACCGUGGGCUCACCCACCGUCACAAGCCGUAGAUCCUUGGGUCUUAGUCCUUUGGAACAGCUUGAGGCGGAGAGGAAGGAACGCGAAAGUAAAAUAAGUAAAACCGAAUCUGAAAUGGAACAAGUGUUCGAGACAAAAGUGAAAGAAAAACGAAAAAAGCUAAAAGAAAUGGAAGCAGAGUUUACUAAAAAACACGAACAAAGUCGCUUGUCGAAUGAAGUACUACAAAAAGAAAUCAACGAGAAAAGACUGAGAUUCGAAAAAGACAAAGAAAAUUUUCAACAUAAUCAAAAUGCCGUUUUUCUCGAUGGACACAACGGACAUAAUUCGCAUGGCAGGAGCAUCGACGGUCAUGGAAAGGUGGACAAGAAGAAAAAAAAGGGCCUUUUUUAAUACUUUGUUAACAUAAACAUUAAAAAUG